AUGCCUCAUUGCAUGGUUCCUGAGUGUACUAACAACUCACGGAAAACUGUGGGAAUCAGCUACCACAGAAUUCCAAAAGAAAAAGGUUUGCGAGAAGCGUGGUUGGCGAGAAUUCGCAGAGUAAACCCACGCGAUAUAAAUAAUUCAUGUGUUUGUUCGGCGCAUUUUACACCAGACUGCUUCGAAAGAACGCUCGAUCUUGUGCCUGGCUACCAAAAAAAGCCAAAGCUAAAAUCAGACGCAGUGCCAUCUAUAUUUCCGCGCAGUAAGCCAGAAAAAGCUAGAAGCACAGGGCGAAGAAGAAAUCAAAUCCGCUCUGAACAAGCCAGACAAGAGGUAUUAAGCCAUGAACGCUUGCAUGUAUAUGUAGUAUAAAAAACUUGUACAUUAUGUAAUUAUUUUGUAGCUUUCAUAUUGUGGCAGAAUUAACUUUCUGAACAUUUGUACGUUAUUAGACACAAAUAAAGCAUAAACACUUCAAUAACAUAUAUGUUGUGUAUAUUUUUUAAUACUAGCUGCAUAUAUUUAUAAUAUUAAAUUGUGUAUUUAUACGAGUUCAUAUUCUAAAAAAAUGUACAACCAUCAUCUUAACUCCUUCCGACAUCAUAUUGGGACAGUAAUAUGGAAGACAGACGCUGCAUGCUGUAUUUUAGUAGCCAUGCACAUGCACAACAAAUCCAACAUAGGGCCAGAACUAAUAUGGGGAACAUUUGUAUUAAUGUAUAAACCCUCAAAAUUAAAUUCAUACACUGCACUGCAUUGUAUUUAGACACAUUCAGUUAUUUUUAAGAUACUUGAAGACUGUAUUAGUAUGCAAAUUGAGAGCUCAUCGACAUCCUCCCAAGCUAUUGAAUGUACUGAAUCUGAAAGUCAAUCAUGCACAAUUAGUUCUGUAUCUGAAACCCAAUGUCCCAUUGAUGGCAUGACAGCAAGUAGAGAAAUUGGCAUACAAUGUGAACUGUUGGUUGACCACAUUAUUAAGCCCAUGACAUCAUGCAUUGCAACCCAAACUGAAUCCACGCUCCUUGAAUUACACACCCCUGCUCUUGCAACUGUUAGUGGAAAUGAUAUUGCACAAUCUGAUCAAGAAGUUAUGUAUAUUGAUGCACCUUCCUUAAAGGAAAGCACCAGCCUACCCGAGUGUCAUUCUCCAAGCACUUUUGCAGAAACUACUGACCUACUUGAAAAGGUAUCACCUCAGAAAAGCAUCUGUUCAGAGUAUACAUGCACACUGACUGAUACAGAUACAGAUCAUGAUGAAUAUUACAUGCCUUCUGCUGAAAGUCAAACCGAAACAGAGAAUGAAAGUGAUGUAGAAAUAGAAAAAAGUCCUGUAGAGCAGAAAAAAUUUGUGGUGUUUGAAAAAAAUCUAGAUGAGCUAUUUGUUACUUGUUCCACCUGUGCUAAGCCAAUAGUUGAGCAGUCUAAAAAAUGUAUUGGUAGCAUGGUGGUUGUUGAAACAGUAUGUGUUGAUGGACAUCAGAAUAAAUGGCGGUCACAGCCUAUGAUUGGUGAGAAGAUAGCAGGCAACUUGUUGCUUGCUGGAUCAAUACUGUUCAGUGGGAAUACGUUUCAAAAUGUAAACUCUUUGGCCCAGUGCUUGAACUUGGCUUUUAUUGGUAGAAGUACAUUUUAUGAUAUGCAGAAGGAGGUUCUUUUUCCUGUAGUUGAUAAGGCUUGGAAAGACCACCAAGUUGACCUGCUGAAUGAAACAAAAGAAUCAUCUAAGUUAGAUAUUUGUGGGGAUGGUCGGUGUGAUAGCCCAGGGCAUUGUGCAAAGUAUGGCACAUACACUGUUAUGGAGGAAAAUAGCAGUAAAAUUCUAGAUUUUGAAGUCGUUCAGGUCACAGAGGUCUCAUCAUCAAAUGCUAUGGAGGCUGAAGGAUGCAAUCGGGUCCUCAAAAAUUUAAAAACAAAGGGGGUAAAAGUGAGAUGUUUGACUACGGACAGGCAUACAACAGUCACUGCAGAAAUGAGAAAAAAACAUUCUGAAAUUACACACCAGUAUGAUGUCUGGCAUCUUUCAAAAUGGGUGGUCAAGAAAUUGACAAAGAAAAGCAAAAAGAAAGAGUGUAAAGAUUUAACAGAUUGGAUUCAGUCUGUUUCUGCUCAUUUCUGGUGGAGUGUUGCAACAUGUGAUGGAAACUAUGAAUUACUCAUUGAGAAAUGGACAUCUGUUGUCAAUCAUAUUAGCAACAAGCACUCAUGGAGACAUGCUAAGCAUUUCAAGAAAUGUGCUCACCAUAAAUUGACCCGACGGGAGAAGAAAGAAAAGCCUUGGCUAAAACCUGGUGCUGCUGCUCUUGUUGCCCUUGAGGACAUAGUUUUUAACAAAAAGCUACUCAAGGAUUUAAAGCUGGUAACAGAGUUUCAUCAUACUGGAAAUCUGGAAGUUUAUCAUUCCAUGAUGCUAAAGUACUGUCCCAAGAGGCAGCACUUUAACCAUGAAGGAAUGGUUGCUAGAACACAGCUUGCUGCCCUGGACAAUAAUCACAAUUGCUCUAGGAAGCAAGCUGUGGUCAAGAAGGGAUCCAAUGUGGGCAGUCUACGAUACAAUCUUGUUUUCCCAAAGAUGCGCAAAACAUGGGUAGUAAAGCCAAUUAAGGAGGCCAAGCAGUUUGAUUACAUUACUACACUGAUGGAAAAUAUCCUCAGGUAUAAAAAAUCAAAGAAACCGAAGAAAUCCAAGAAAGCCAAAAAGUCUGCCAAACAUGCAAAAAAUAUUGCCACAAAAGAGAAACCAGACAAGGAAACAGCAAUCAAGGCUCACAUUAGCAGAUUCUAG